AUGUCCAGCCGGUCCAAGCGGGAGUCUCGCGGUUCCACCCGCGGGAAGCGCGAGUCCGAGUCGCGGAGCAGCUCGGCUCGUGUCAAACGGGAGCGAGAUCGGGAUCGGGAGCCCGAGGCGCCGAGCUCCCGAGGCAGCCCGGUGCGCGUGAAGCGGGAGGUCGAGCCGGCGAGCGCGCGUGAGGCCCCGGCGCCGGUGGUCCCGGCGGUGCGGGUGAAGCGGGAGCGCGAGGCCGACGAGGACUCGGAACCUGAGCGGGAGGUGCGAGCAAAGAAUGGCCGCGUGGAUUCUGAGGACCGGAGGAGCCGCCACUGCCCGUACCUGGAUACCAUUAACAGGAGUGUGCUGGACUUUGACUUUGAGAAAUUGUGUUCCAUCUCCCUCUCGCACAUCAAUGCAUAUGCUUGUCUGGUGUGUGGCAAGUAUUUUCAAGGCCGGGGUUUGAAGUCUCACGCCUACAUUCACAGUGUCCAGUUUAGUCACCAUGUCUUCCUCAACCUCCACACCCUCAAGUUUUACUGCCUCCCUGACAACUAUGAGAUCAUCGAUUCCUCACUAGAGGAUAUCACGUAUGUGUUGAAGCCCACUUUCACAAAGCAGCAGAUCGCUAACUUGGACAAGCAAGCCAAGUUGUCCCGGGCAUAUGACGGCACCACUUACCUGCCAGGUAUUGUGGGCCUGAAUAACAUAAAGGCCAAUGACUACGCCAACGCCGUCCUUCAGGCUCUGUCUAACGUUCCUCCUCUCCGGAACUACUUCCUGGAAGAAGACAAUUAUAAGAAUAUCAAACGUCCUCCUGGGGAUAUCAUGUUCUUGUUGGUCCAGCGUUUCGGAGAGCUGAUGAGAAAACUCUGGAACCCUCGCAAUUUCAAGGCACACGUCUCUCCCCAUGAAAUGCUGCAGGCUGUUGUCCUCUGCAGCAAGAAGACUUUUCAGAUAACAAAACAGGGGGAUGGAGUUGAUUUUCUGUCCUGGUUUUUGAAUGCUCUACACUCAGCUCUGGGGGGCACGAAGAAGAAAAAAAAGACAAUUGUAACUGACGUUUUCCAGGGAUCCAUGAGGAUCUUCACUAAAAAACUGCCUCAUCCUGAUCUGCCAGCAGAAGAGAAAGAGCAACUGCUGCAUAAUGACGAGUACCAGGAGACGAUGGUGGAGUCCACAUUUAUGUACCUGACACUGGACCUUCCCACCGCCCCCCUGUACAAGGAUGAGAAGGAGCAGCUCAUUAUCCCCCAGGUGCCUCUCUUCAACAUCCUGGCCAAGUUCAAUGGCAUCACUGAGAAGGAAUAUAAGACCUACAAGGAGAACUUUCUGAAGCGCUUCCAGCUCACCAAGCUGCCUCCAUAUCUAAUCUUUUGUAUUAAGAGAUUCACUAAGAACAAUUUCUUUGUGGAGAAGAAUCCGACUAUUGUCAACUUCCCGAUAACAAAUGUGGACCUGAGAGAGUAUUUGUCUGAAGAAGUGCAGGCAGUACACAAGAAUACCACCUACGAUCUCAUUGCCAACAUUGUACAUGACGGCAAACCCUCCGAGGGCUCCUACCGGAUCCAUGUGCUCCAUCACGGGACAGGCAAAUGGUAUGAAUUACAGGACCUCCAGGUGACCGACAUCCUUCCCCAGAUGAUCACACUGUCGGAGGCUUACAUUCAGAUUUGGAAGAGGCGAGAUAAUGAUGAAACCAACCAGCAGGGGGCAUGA